AGUUACAACAUGUUUUCCUGAGUCAAUUUGGGAUGGGAACCUAUUUUGAAACAAGAAGAUAGAGAAUAAAUAACUACUAAUUCAGAGCUCGUUUAAAUGUUAUGGGUCUAAAAUCAUUCAAUUUUUAUCUUAACCAUUUUGAUAAACAUAAGAGUCAGUCAGUGAGUACAAACUAUGUAUGAAUGUUUAUAGCAGCUUUAUUAUAAUUGCCAAAAACUUAGAAGCAACCAAGAUGUCCUUCAAUAGGUGAAUGGAUAAGCAAACUGUUGUACACCCAUACAAUGGAGUACUAUUCAGUGUCUUUUAAAAAUGAGCAAUGUAGCCAUGAAAAGACACAGCGGAACCUUGAAAGCAUGUUGCAAACCUGUAAAGGCUGUGAAAUGUAUGAUUCCAACUACAUAAAGGUUAUACAACUAUAGAAACCAUAAAAAGAGCAGUAGUUACCAGGAAUUGGAGGGAGAGGGGAUGAAUAGGUGGAGCACAGGAUUUUUAGGGCAGUGAAACUAUUCUGUAUGAUACACUAAUAGUGGAUACAUGUGACCCUAUGUAUGUCAAAACUCACAGAAUGAAUAACACCAAGAGUGAAUCCUAAUGUGAACUAUAGACAUUAGUUAUUAAUAGUGUAACAAUAUUGUUUCAUCAAUUGUAACACAUAUACCACAUUAAUACAAAAUGUAAAUAAUAGAGGAAGCUAUGUGUUGAGGGAGAGAGGAAGUAUGUAGGAACUCUUUGUACUUCCUAAUCAAUUUUUUGUAAACCUAAAACUACUCUAAAAACUUAGUCUAUUAACUACAUGAGAGCAAAUAUUUCCAAAUUACCUAUCUGAAAGGGCUUAAUAUCCAGAAUAUACAAAGGACUUCUGCAACUAGCCCCUUUUCCCCAAAAUGUGAUUCAAAAAUGGGCAAAGGGCUUGAACAGACAUUUCUCCAAAGAAGAUAUACAAAUGUCAGUAAAUACAUGAAAAAGAUGCUCAACAUCACCAACCAUUAUAGAAAUGCAAAUCAAAACCAUGAGAUACCACUUCAUCCCCAUUAGGAUGGUUGUUAUAAUGGAAAAUAACAAGUGUUGGUGAGGAUGUGAAGAAACUGAAAAACUUGUGCAUUGCUGAUGGGAAUGUAAAAUGGUGCCACCAUGGUGAAAAAUCUUUUGAUGGUUUCUCAAAAUUUUAAAGACAGACUAACCAUAUGAUCCAGCAAUUCUACUCCCAGAUUGAAGAUCUCAAACAGACAAAUCAUGGCUUGGAAGACUAUGUUAGGAAACUCUUGGAUAGUAAGGAGGUGGUAAGCAGUCAAGUAGACGAUUUAACCAGCCACAAUGAGCAUCUUUGUAAAGAAUUGAUUAAAAUUGACCAACUUGCAGAGCAACUACAAAAAGAGAAAAAUUUUGUGGUGGAUACCGCCAACAAGGAACUUGAAGAAGCCAAGAUUGAACUCAUUUGCCAGCAAAAUAAUAUUAUAGUAUUGGAAGAUACAAUAAAAAGACUUAAAUCUAUAAUUUUAGAGACUGAAAAAGCACAAAAUAAAUCUCCUUCUAGACUUGAUUCCUUUGUCAAGACUUUGGAAGCCGACAGAGAUUACUAUAAGAGUGAAGCUCAAAAUUUAAGAAAGAUGAUGAGAAGUAGGUCUAAAAGUCCAAGACGCCUGUCACCAACUGCCCGGGGUGCAAACUGUGAUGUAGAACUUUUGAAGACAACAACAAGAGAUCGUGAAGAACUUAAAUGCAUGCUGGAAAAAUAUGAGCGCCAUUUGGCAGAAAUUCAGGGUAAUGUCAAGGUUCUUACAUCUGAGAGAGACAAGACCUUCCUUCUUUAUGAACAGGCACAGGAAGAAAUUGCCCGACUUCGACGAGAAAUGAUGAAAAGCUGUAAAAAUCCUAAAUCAACAACAGCACAUGCUAUUCUUCGGCGAGUGGAGACUGAAAGAGAUGUAGCCUUCACUGAUUUACGAAGAAUGACCACAGAACGAGAUAGUCUAAGGGAAAGGCUAAAGAUUGCUCAAGAGACAGCAUUUAAUGAGAAGGCUCACCUGGAACAAAGGAUAGAGGAGCUGGAGUGUACAGUUCAUAAUCUUGAUGAUGAACGUAUGGAGCAAAUGUCAAAUAUGACUUUGAUGAAGGAAACCAUAAGCACUGUGGAAAAAGAAAUGAAAUCACUAGCCAGAAAGGCAAUGGAUACUGAAAGUGAACUUGGCAGACAAAAAGCAGAGAAUAACUCUUUGAGACUUUUAUAUGAAAAUACAGAAAAGGAUCUUUCUGAUACUCAACGACACCUUGCUAAGAAAAAAUAUGAGCUACAGCUUACCCAGGAGAAAAUUAUGUGCUUGGAUGAAAAAAUUGAUAAUUUUACAAGGCAAAAUAUUGCACAGCGAGAAGAAAUCAGCAUUCUUGGUGCAACCCUCAAUGAUCUGGCUAAAGAAAAGGAAUGCCUGCAAGCAUGUCUGGAUAAAAAAUCUGAGAAUAUUGCAUCCCUUGGAGAGAGUUUGGCAAUGAAAGAAAAGACCAUUUCAGGCAUGAAGAAUAUCAUUGCUGAGAUGGAACAGGCAUCAAGACAGUCUACUGAGGCCCUAAUUAUGUGUGAACAAGACAUUUCCAGAAUGCGUCGGCAAUUGGAUGAGACAAAUGAUGAACUGGCCCAGAUCGCCAGGGAAAGAGAUAUCUUGGCUCAUGACAAUGACAAUCUCCAAGAACAGUUUGCUAAAGCUAAACAAGAAAACCAGGCACUGUCCAAAAAAUUGAAUGACACUCAUAAUGAACUUAAUGACAUAAAACAGAAGGUUCAAGAUACUAAUUUAGAGGUUAACAAGCUGAAGAAUAUAUUAAAGUCUGAAGAAUCUGAGAACCGGCAAAUGAUGGAACAACUUCGAAAAGCCAAUGAAGAUGCUGAAAACUGGGAAAGUAAAGCCCGUCAAUCAGAGGCAGAUAACAAUACCCUAAAAUUGGAACUUAUCACUGCUGAGGCAGAGGGUAACAGAUUAAAAGAAAAAGUAGAUUCCCUCAACAGAGAGGUUGAGCAACACUUAAAUGCAGAAAGGUCUUACAAGUCCCAGAUUUCUACCUUACAUAAGUCUGUUGUAAAAAUGGAAGAGGAGCUUCAGAAGGUUCAGUUUGAAAAAGUGUCCGCUCUUGCAGAUUUGUCUUCUACUAGGGAACUCUGCAUUAAACUUGACUCAAGCAAAGAACUUCUUAAUCGACAGCUGGUUGCUAAAGAUCAAGAAAUAGAAAUGAUGGAGAAUGAGUUAGAUUCUGCUCGUUCUGAAAUUGAACUCCUGAGGAGUCAGAUGACAAAUGAGAGAAUCUCCAUGCAGAAUCUAGAAGCUUUGCUGGUGGCCAAUCGAGACAAAGAAUAUCAGUCUCAGAUAGCACUUCAAGAAAAGGAAUCUGAAAUUCAGCUUCUUAAGGAACACCUUUGUUUGGCAGAAAAUAAAAUGGCCAUCCAGAGUAGAGAUGUGGCCCAGUUCAGAAAUGUUGUCACACAAUUGGAAGCUGAUUUAGACAUUACCAAAAGACAACUAGGAACAGAGCGCUUUGAAAGGGAGAGGGCCGUGCAAGAACUUCGCCGCCAAAAUUACUCAAGUAAUGCUUAUCAUAUGAGUUCUACAAUGAAGCCAAAUACAAAAUGCCAUUCACCAGAACGUGCUCACCAUCGAUCUCCUGACCGAGGCCUAGAUCGAUCAUUAGAAGAGAAUCUUUGCUACAGAGAUUUCUGACAGGUGAAAUGAUUCUUCACAUCUCUGAGAAAGGUCAAAGUUACAAACUGAUUUUUUUUGCUACAUGAUUGCAUUUAUCUUUUAAAUGCUUGGCGAUGUUAAAUGCAUUUAUUAACAUUGUGUGUCUGAAUCUCUGUUCUGAUGUGCCAUGUUGCAGUGAUCUGAGAUAACUUAUAAAAACAAAAAUGCAUAUGGCUCUUUCUAUCCAUGCAGUAAUAGUGAGUGUAAAAUUUGCUUACUUCACUAUUGAACACUGUUAUGUUCACUAUCCGGAGUAAAUAAAGAAGCUUAUUAAAACAGGGCAAAGUGUUUUUACAAAACUGAUUUCCUUUCCUUUCUUGGUAUCUCAAAUAAUUGGUUGGUUAAUAUUUUUCUUUGUGAUUUGUGCUUUCAUGGCUAGAAAAUUUGUGCCAAAAUGGGUACAAUUUAUUGAUACUGGCCUGGGACCUGAUAUUCCAUUUGGAACCAACCUUACAUAAGUUCCAUGCCAUAAUCUGAUGUUGAAGCAGCAGAAAGUAGGAGUGCUGCCAGGGUUUUAAAAUCUGUAGCAUUGUACCACUCAAAGACUAAGUAACAUACAUUUUCUACAACUGUGUUUACUACUACUGUUUUUAGAAAGGUAGGUGAUGAUAUACCUGUCAAGAAUGUAAGAUUUUUUUUUAAUCUGUAUUUUUAAUAAGUUUUCCUUAAAGUACUGCAAUCAACUUAAUUGCCAUUUUAUUUUAUUGUCUGUGGCAGCUGUCUGUAAUCUGGAGUAACAAGACAAGUGAUGUUUCUUUCCUCCCCCAAUUUCCUAAAUCUUUUACCUUACCUAUCCAUAGGCUUUGAUGUAAUGUUCAUAUUAAAGCCUGAAUACUACUGUAUUUUACUGAUAUAAGCUAUUUGUAUUCUUGCCAUUUUAAUAAAAAAAGGCUUGUCAUGAAUAGUA